GCGUCGGCCCCGCAGCCCCCGCGCCGCCUCCUGAGCCUGGGCUGGAGGCGGAUUCCUCUCUCCGGGUUUUCAGAGCGCCUUUCCCAAACCGCCUCCCCGCCCAGAGAGGGAGAAAGAUCCUGGGCGCAAUCGCUCCCCGGAGCGGCCGAGGGGCGCGCGGGGAGAGGCCUGCGCCGGGGUACUUUUAAACUGUGGCGCGCGCACACACUCACACCCACCCAUACAUACACGCGCACACACACACACACACACACACACACACACACACACACACACACGCACACACACACGCCCAUUUAUAUAGACGGCGGCCACGACAGUGAGCGCACGAACCAUGGAGCUGAGCCACCCGACUCGUGUUGGAAGCAAGUGAGGAGAGCCCAGGCGCACCCCGGGAUUUCUGUGCCCGGAGCUUGUCAUUCUCCCCAGGGAACCGUGCGCCUAGAGGAAGACCGGCUGGACUGAUUUGCUAGGGAGAGGACUGGGAAGAGGAGGGGGCCAGGUGAGCAAAGCAGCCCCUUGGCGUUUCUGGACUGCCCGGAUCGAGCCUCGCCGACUGCUGCCCUACCCUUGCUCAGGUGGGCGCGCCUGGUCCCCAGCUAGCAAGGGGAGCUCGGAGAACAGAAAGUCGCGACCCGGCUGCGCGGGAUGCCUUUCGCCAAGCGGAUCGUGGAGCCGCAGUGGCUGUGCCGGCAGCGGCGCCCGGCGCCCGGCCCAGAGGAGGACGCGAGUGGAGGCAGCGCUGAACCGACACCGCCCCUGCAGCCGCCUGGCCGGCAGGAGGAGGCCGAAGCGCCGGGGCCAGAGGAGCCACCCCGCGUGCCCUCUUUGCCUCUCGGGCUGCCACCGCCUUCGCCGCCGCUGCCUGCGCCAGCUAAUCAGGCUCAGCAACCUCAAGGCGAGGCGCCUGUGGCCAGCGAGGACAGCUCGGCGGGGGUCCCGGAGGCGGCGGCGCCCGCUGCUGGCGAGGCGUCCUCGGCUGCGGCCGCGGCUGUGCUGCUCAUGCUGGACUUGUGCGCCUUCAGCAACGCCGCGCUGGCCCGCGUCCUCCGGCAGCUCUCGGACGUGGCCCGGCACGCGUGCAGCCUCUUCCAGGAGCUCGAGAGCGACAUUCAGCUCACCCAUCGUCGCGUCUGGGCGCUGCAGGGCAAGCUCGGCGGCGUGCAACGAGUUCUCGGCACGCUGGACCCCAAGCAGGAGGCAGUGCCCGUCUCCAACCUGGACAUCGAGAGUAAGCUGAGUGUGUACUACCGGGCCCAGUGGCACCAGCAGAGAAACAUCUUCCUCCCAGCCACCAGGCCACCCUGCGUGGAGGAAUUGCACCGCCAUGCCCGGCAGAGCCUGCAAGCCCUGCGCAGAGAACACCGGAGCCGUAGUGAUCGUCGAGAGCAGAGAGCUGCUGUGCCCCUGUCCAUAGCUGCUCCACCACUGCCAGCCUACCCUCCAGCUCACAGCCAGAGGAGGCGAGAGGUGAAGGACCGCCACUUCCUCACGUUUAACAGCACCCGUUCGCCCUCCCCUACUGAGUGUUGCCACAUGGCCCCAUGGAGUAGAAAGUCCCACCCCGCAGAGGAUGAAGAGACAGAUGUCAUGUUAGGGCAGAGGCCAAAAAACCCAAUACACAAUAUCCCCUCUACACUGGACAAGCAGACCAACUGGAGCAAAGCACUACCUCUUCCAACGCCGGAGGAGAAGAUGAAACAGGACGCCCAAGUGAUUUCUUCUUGCAUUAUUCCCAUCAAUGUCACUGGAGUUGGUUUUGACAGAGAGGCUAGUAUACGCUGCUCUCUUGUUCAUUCACAAUCCGUACUCCAGAGGAGACGCAAACUGAGGAGGAGGAAAACCAUCUCUGGUAUUCCCCGAAGAGUUCAACAAGAAAUAGAUUCUGAUGAAUCACCAGUGGCGAGGGAAAGGAAUGUGAUUGUGCACACAAACCCAGACCCCUCCAACACUGUCAACAGGAGGUCUGGAACCAGGGACUCUGAGUGCCAAACCGAGGAUAUUCUGAUUGCUGCCCCAUCCAGAAGGAGAAUCAGAGCUCAAAGGGGUCAGAGCAUUGCAGCUUCCCUUUCUCAUUCCGCUGGCAACAUUUCCGCGCUGGCAGACAAAGGUGACACCAUGUUUACUCCUACAGUGAGCACUCGCACAAGAUCUCGCAGCCUUCCUCGAGAGGGAAACAGAAGUGGAGAUGCUGAGCCCAAAGUUGGUGCUAAACCUUCAACAUAUGAAGAGGGGGAGCCUUUCAUGCAUGACCACGAAAGAGUCCCUAAUGACUGCAGUGAGACUCCAAGCAGUCCGAGUGCACAGGAACACCAGCCUGUUUUGGGCCUGGCCUGUUCUCAACAUCUUCACAGCCCCCAGCACAAGUUAAGUGAAAGAGGGCGGUCACGUCUAUCCCGAAUGGCCGCCGAUUCUGGCAGCUGUGACAUCUCCUCCAACUCAGACACCUUUGGGAGCCCCAUCCACUGCAUCUCCACUGCCGGCGUCCUCCUCAGCAGCCACAUGGACCAGAAAGAUGACCACCAGUCAUCCAGUGGUAACUGGAGUGGGAGCAGCUCCACAUGCCCCUCACAGACCUCAGAAACAAUCCCUCCUGCAGCUUCGCCUCCUCUCACUGGCUCUUCUCACUGUGACUCUGAGUUGUCACUAAACACUGCCCCUCAUGCGAAUGAGGAUGCCAAUGUCUUUGUGACAGAGCAGUUGAAUGACCACCUGGAUAAAGUGAGAGGCCACCGGACAAACUCCUUUACCUCCACUGUUGCAGAUCUGCUAGAUGACCCCAGCAUCAGCAACACAAGUGACAGCGAGUGGAAUUACCUACACCACCAUCAUGAUGCGUCUUGUCGCCAAGAUUUCAGUCCUGAGCGUCCCAAGGCAGAUAGCCUUGGCUGCCCAAGCUUCACAAGCAUGGCCACUUAUGACAGCUUUCUGGAAAAAUCCCCAUCAGACAAAGCAGAUACUAGCUCUCACUUUUCAGUAGACACGGAAGGAUACUAUACGUCCAUGCACUUUGACUGUGGUCUUAAAGGUAACAAGAGCUAUGUCUGUCACUAUGCAGGCCUGGGCCAAGAGAAUGGCCAGGGUGUUGGCGUUCCUCCUGGUCUUCCGGACUGUACCUGGCAGGACUUCUUAGACCAAAGGAGGCCAGGGAGACCAAGCAUCUCUUUUAGGAAACCAAAGGCAAAGCCAACCCCACCUAAACGUAGCUCAUCCUUGAGGAAGUCUGAUGGAAAUGCAGAUGUUACUGAGGUGAAAGAACCAAAGAUAAGCAGUGGCCAACACCUGCCUCACAGUUCCAGGGAAAUGAAGCUGCCUCUUGAUUUCUCCAACACGCCUUCUCGAAUGGAAAAUGCCAAUAUCACCCCCAAGCAGGAAUCAUCUUGGAUAAACCAGAGUGAACAUGGUAUUAAAGAACCUCAAUUAGAUACUCCAGACAUUCCACCAUUCAAAGAUGAAGGUGCUGAAUCAACUCACUAUGCAGACCUCUGGCUUCUAAAUGACUUGAAAACAAGUGAUCCUUACAGAUCCCUAUCUAAUUCAAGCACUGCUACGGGUACCACAGUUAUUGAAUGCAUCAAAUCUCCAGAGAGCUCUGAAUCCCAAACCUCACAGUCAGAAUCAAGAGCCACCACUCCAUCUCUUCCUUCUGUUGACAAUGAGUUUAAACUGGCUUCACCAGAGAAGCUGGCUGGCCUGGCAUCUCCAUCAAGUGGCUACUCAAGCCAGUCUGAAACACCAACAUCCUCUUUCCCUACAGCUUUCUUUUCAGGUCCUUUGUCUCCUGGUGGUAGCAAAAGAAAACCUAAAGUCCCGGAAAGGAAAUCCUCUCUACAGCAACCCUGUUUAAAAGAUGGAACCCUCUCACUGAGUAAAGAUCUUGAACUUCCUAUUAUACCUCCCACUCAUCUUGACCUAAGUGCUCUUCAUAAUGUCUUGAAUAAACCAUUCCACCACCGUCAUCCAUUGCAUGUUUUUACCCACAAUAAGCAAAACGCAGUAGGAGAAACGCUGAGGUCCAAUCCGCCACCAUCUCUUGCGAUUACUCCAACAGUACUAAAAUCAGUUAAUCUUAGGUCCAUCGGUAAGGCUGAAGAAGCUAACCAAAAAGACGGCAAUGGCACAGAUCUACCCUACUUAGAGGAAAGUGCUUUCACAAUGGCUGCCUUGUCUCCUGGUAAGAUUAGGCCACAUACAGCAAAGAAAUCAAUAACACGCCAGUUCUCUGCUGAAGACCCUAUACUGUCCUUUAUAGACUCCUCUGCAGUUGAGAUGGGACAAGAGAAGUUACAUUUGGAAAAGACCUUGACUCUGGAUGUGAAGAAUCACUGCAAUCCAGAAAUGGGAACCUCAACUGGUAGCAAUCUUUUAGAUUCAAAUGUCCUAAAAGACCAAAUACAGAUGGGGAGUGAGCCUAUUCCAGAAAAUACAGCAAGUAAAAAUUGUGGGGUUUUCACAGAAGGAUUUCAGAGGGCAUCUGCUACCCACCCAAAUGAUUUAGAUGGUAAAAUAAUGCAGUACGGAGCUGGUCCAGAUGGAGCCCCAGAGCAGGUACAGAAGGCAUCCUCGGUGGAUCAAGAGGAAGUUCCACAGCCAGAACCUGUGGAUGGAAUCACACCUCAGUCCAACUCACCAGCUACAACAACGGACAUAAACAACCAACUUAAACAUCAGCUUGUUAUGAGCCGCCACCACGACAAAGUGCCUGGGAAUAUUCGCUAUGAAUCAGAGCUAUCAACUACAAAUUCACUCCUUGACAAGUGUUCUGAGCAACAAAAUAAUGCUUCAGGUAUUUCACCCAAAAGUGCCUCUGAUAAUGGCAGGGCAGACGAGAGCCAAGGAAGUGUGGAGGAGGUGUCACUGAAAGAAUCAUCACCAAGUGACGACUCAGUCGUUUCACCACUUAGUGAAGACUCUCAAGCUGAAGCAGAGGGUGUGUUCCUGUCUCCAAACAAACCUCGAACAACUGAAGAUCUAUUUGCCGUCAUUCAUAGAUCCAAGAGGAAAGUACUUGGAAGAAAAGAUUCUGGGGACAUGUCUGUUCGAAGCAAAUCUAGAGCUCCCCUUGGCAGCAGUAGCAGCAGCUCCAAUUCUGUGACUUCAUCCAGCAGCAGUGUGACAACCGCAAAUAGCCAGAGGUCUCCUGGUCUCAUCUACCGGAAUGCCAAGAAGUCCAACACUUCCAACGAAGAGUUUAAACUGCUGCUCCUCAAGAAAGGCAGUCGCUCUGAUUCCAGUUACCGCAUGUCUGCCACUGAGAUCCUGAAGAGUCCCAUCCUGCCCAAACCCCCUGGGGAGUUUACCGGGGAGUCCCCGCAAAGCCCUGAUGAUGUCCAUCAGGUGUCACCUGGGGCCGAGGCAUUGUCUCCACUCUCUCCGUGCUCCCCACGAGUCAAUUCAGAAGGGUUUUCCUCCAAGAACUUUGCCACCUCAGCAUCAGCAAGGGUUGGACGUUCGCGGGCGCCCCCUGCAGCCAGCAGCAGCCGCUACAGCGUCCGGUGCCGGCUGUACAAUACGCCCAUGCAGGCAAUCUCCGAGGGUGAGACCGAAAACUCGGAUGGAAGCCCGCACGACGACCGCUCCUCCCAGAGCUCCACAUAGACUGCCUGUUCCGAGCUGUCGCCAAACGCCCAAACCCUUAGUUAGGAGAGGAUGUAGGAACGCCGCAGGGGACUCAAGAGAAAUCGCAACAAAAUGGGGGUAGCAUCACUGUUUAGCAAUGAAUUCUAAAUAUAUGCUGGGGAAACAGAAGGUGGUUUAAUCAUUCUUGAUUAGUUUCCGUGUUUUAAGUAACUGUACCUUCUCCCAUGGUUUUCUUAAGCUUAGUUUGAGUUACCCAAUCUCAUUCCCUUAGUGGAUACAAAAAUAUCUAAUUUUCGUGAAACCUACACAAGGUUUUCCCAGAGCUGCCUAUUCAGAAACUAAAACCCUCACUGUCAUGAUUAUUUAACAAGAUGAAAUUACUCUGGAGGUUUGGUAUUUUUUUACAUUAAAAUGAACUAAAGCAAAAGUUAGAAGAAAGAAUUACACAUAUGUAAAUACCAUAUUUUUGAUAAAAGUGUGUAAAUAGAUUUAUCAAUGAUGAGUGGACAUGUGGCCAAUUAUCUACUGCACACCAACUGUUUAUAGAACACAAAAAUAAAGUGUAAUGGUUGUAUUCUGUGAAUACCAUUUUCCUAUGAAAUACCGUAUGUAAAUGUCCACCAAUAUUUCUAAGUGAUAAACCUCAAAUAUGAAUUUAAAACUGCUGAAAUAAAGGAAAUCUUGAGGUCACAUACAGAAAUAUGAUUAAUUUUAAAAUAAUGAAUUUAAACCUAAUUAUUUUUGUGACAAAUUACAGCAUAAACAAAAAGUAACAGCAACUCAUCGCUGUGAUUUGCCAAUAUGGUAAUUUGGACAGAAUGAAAAGCAUGCUUUUGAUUUUUUUUUUAAUCAAGAGAAGUUAUCGUUCUCAACACAAAGCCCUGAAAAACAGCAUUUGACAGUGUCCUUUAGUUUUUAAUUUUUUCAUUGGAUUGCUUUAAAGAGAAUGGGUAGGGAAAUCCGUAGUUAAUUUUAGGUUAUGUUUUAUAUUAGGCUACUGGGUACAUAAACAGUCAUAAUCUAAUGACUAUACUCUUUAAACUCCUGGAACAGUUUAGCAAUUAGCUCCAGGUUCUUAAACUAACAAAAAUUAAACCUAAGCAUGCCACAGAGCUAUUGAUUUAUCAGUAAGUAUUUCAGUGAAGCUUUCUCUCUGUGCUGAUGAGAUUCAUGCUACCUAAAAACUAACAGAAAUGACACUGUGAACAAUGUAUUUGGGGAAUAGGUAUGUGUAUAUGCAUUAUUUAUAUUCACCAUUAAACUGGGAAUGGGGAACAGCUCUGGUUCACAAUGCUACAUACAACUGAGUUUUUGUCUGGUUUUACUAUAUCUGCUUGAUGGCAAAGAGGGGGGUGGUGGGUGGGCAAGGAAAUGUCAGGGCAAAUGCUCUGAUAAAAUGAAGGCAGGGAAACAAGCUGAAUUACUUGAAAUUACUUGAAUUUUCUUGUCUUAAAACUGAAACAAAUGAGUUGAAAUCUGCAAGUGGUUUUUACACCUCUGAUUUUAACAUGAACUGAUACUAAUGUUCGGGAUCAUAUGUCAGAAAUAUAAGCAGCUGUGUACUUAGAAUAGGUUUCGAAUGGGAGAGGUAGAAAAAUAGAGAGAACUCAGAAGGGAUAUAACCUAUAAAAGACUAGAAUGUAAUUAGAAUGAUAGAACAUACCAGGGUUACCAAGAAAUUGAUAAGCAGCUGGCUUAAAGCCUAUGCAAGUGGUAUUUGGGAAAGCAGGAUGUGUGAAAGAGGGUUUGCAGUUUGGAGUUUACUUGUGCAAAAUGAACGAGAAAGCCUAGUCUAAGAAGAUACCGUCUUUUAAUAGAAAUGCUUUCUAAGAUGUUAUACAUUAAGAAUUAGAGAAUCUGAUUGCUGUUGGUGUUUUGUUUGUUUGGAAAGAAAAAAAAAAGUCUGGCUUCUAUGAUUUGUUUUUACUACCAAAUUGCGUUACUUAUUUUCUUGUCAUUGUCGUCUGUAAAAUGGGUGCUGGGGGUGGAGGGGUAGAGGAAGAGAUUAAGAUGGGGGAAGAGAGAAAAAGGGAGAGAGUGUGUGAAUGUGUGUGUGCACGUGUGUUGGGGAUAGAUAAGCUACUGGUAAAGGGUUUGAACAUUUACAAAGUGUUACACUUUUUAUUAAAAGAAAAAUCAUUUGGGGUUUGAAAAAAAUCAACCAUAAUUUCUUAUUGGAACACAUUAAUUAAGAAAACCAGCAUGGUUUGGCACCACAUGGGAACGGGAACAAAUCUGUCUCAUGCUUUGAAAAAUACAUGUGGCAAAAUUUUAAAACUAAAGAUUUUAGACAAAUGUGAUAAUAAACCAUCAUUUCCAGUCACAAUAAGUGAUCUUUUGUAAUUUUCAUAAAAGCAGUUCGUUUGCAGUAUGGCUUUUGUGUAGUUAGGGGUUUUUUAAGCGUGGAGAAAGGUAUGUGGGCUUUAAAAGUAAUUCUAAAUCUUGAAUAGAAAACACAUGAAUUGGCUUUAAUAAAAAUGUCACCUUUUUAUUAUUGACAUUAAUUUAAGUAAUAUUACCAUAUAUAUUUUAAAAUACAUAUUGACUUGAAUUUUGAGGCAAUAAGAUACCUUCUAUAAGUAAUGAUCACAGAAUUAACCCUUAUAAUAUAGUUUUACUUAUUUUGUUUACUCUAAAAAUCUAUAGCAGAGUUUCUCUAUUUUAUUAUUUCAUAGAUUUAAAAAGAAAAAAAACCCAAGUAAAGAUGGAUUUAAAUUAACUGUGGAAUAAUAUUGAGUAGCAAACUUUAGUAAAAAAAGGAAAGCAAUUCCUUAAUAAUUUGGAAUAUUCUGUAUGGCUUUAUUACAUAACAAAGAAGACCAAGAUUUAGAGCUGUCUUUAACAUCGCUGCUGGCUUGAAGCAGAGUACACACAUUAGGUAUUGUAAAGAACACCAAUCCAAACUUUUCUUGUGUUGUUUGCACUGAUGCUAAUUUUUUUGUUCUUUUAUGUUUAUACAACAUGUUACGUUGUGUGAGUGAAAAUGUUUCCUUUUUUUAUAUCGGCUUUGAUUUUUGUUCUUUUGGUUUUGGCUAAGUAGAGGACAUGGACUAGUAGUAGCGAACAAAACAUGCUGUUUGCUCUUGCCAAAGGUCAGUGAGUGAGUAAGUCUGCUGCAGUGGUGGCACUUAGAGAAUUAGAUCGUGACAAAGAUUUAAAACUAUCAAGAAGGUUACAGUGUAACUAUUUUGGUACUAGAACCAGUUCAUGCUGGCCGAAAAGACAAUGGUUUAGGGACUUGCAUCCAUUUUGUAUUUUUGUAAUAUUUGUAAAUACGAACUUUUUAAAUUGUUGCAAAGAUGGUUUCUUUUGUAAGAUGUUUUCAACGUUUACAUUCAAUCCAAGCCUUUGUAUAUUUUAGAGCUGUGCAACACUUUAAGUCUUGUAUUUAUUUUUAGUAAAAACGGUGACAGUUUCAUUGUGAACCCCUCUCAAAAAAUGUACCAGAAAAGUUUGAUUACCUAGAAAGUGUGUAUAGAAACUGCAAAUAAACGUGACUGCAAUUAAACAACUGGUUUUUCCCUCA